AUGGCUGCACAUAAGACGUCCGCAGUGUCGGACGAACCCAUUGAAGUCCUCAUUGCCCUGCACAACAAGUUCGACCUUCUCGACCUUGCGGGGCCAAUGGAGGUUUUCACCACGGCCCAACACGACCCUAAGGACGAGACCUCCAAGGCUUUUGAAGUGACUCUUGCCGGGGCUGAGCCCAAGGUCCUUUCCGAGCAGGGUGCCAUUGUUGGCUCUCAAAUCUCCUUCAAGGAAGCCCACGAACGCCUCGAGGACUUUGAUAUCCUCGUCAUUCUUGGUGGCAAUUCCGAUGAGAUCCUCAAGGCAGACACCGAGCCACUUGGCCUCAUCAAUAACUUUGCUGAGCUCCAGAAGAAGGAUCCUGCCCGUGAACGCACCAUCCUCUCUGUGUGCACGGGAUCUCUUUUCCUUGCCAGAGAGAACAUUCUCUCUGGCCUCUCUGCCACCACUCACCCCGACUACUUGACCAAGUUCGAGAAUGUUUGCAGCGAUGCUGCUACUCGCAACAUGACUGAGCGUUGCGACGUCGUUGAAGACGCCCGAUACGUCGUCAACAACCUCCGCUUCGACCUUGGAGACGAGGAUGAGAAUCCAUACAUUCGCCGCAAGUCAGACGCUGGGCGUCGUCCCUCGAAUGCUCGAAAGGGCAGCAUGUCUUUCAAGGGCUCCAACUCUCGCCGCGAGUCCAUUGCGCGCCGUGCCGCGAUGCGCCUCGGUGGUCUUCGCGUCAUCACUGCUGGAGGAGUAAGCGCUGGCGUUGAUGCAGCUUUGUAUCUUGUCAGCGCUCUGGUUGAUGAAGAAUGUGCGGUGGAGGCUGCCAGGUUGAUUCAGUGGACCUGGAACAAGGGCGUAGUCGUCGACGGUCUCGACGUCUAA